UCUCUGGGCCAUCUGCGACCCGAGCCCUUUGGCGAGCUCUUUCUCGCUGGAUCUUCACAUCUCCAACAACAAUGGGACGCUAGAAACUCCAGGCUCGGGAUUCUACCAGACUUGCUACGGCUUGGAAGUCAUAGACAUGGCCACCGAGAGCGAGAGCCAGAGCUCCAAGGGCAUCGCAGCGUCUUGCAAGGAUUUCCAUGGCGGCUACCAGUGGACGAGCCUCAGCCUGGACGAGCGCGUAGAGAACAAGGGUGGCAACUUAAACUGGUGUGGCUGACAAAAAAACUCUAUAACCAACUUUCCUUUAAAGUUUUAAAGUUUGCUGCUCUCUUUUCUUUUAUACCAAGAGAAAUGGCUAUGGCGAUGGCGGUGGCAGUGUUUCAUCCAGAUAGAUUGAGGUGUUCUUCUUCACACAAGCAGCAAGAGUUCGUCUCCAGUGCUCCAGAGCUUGUGCUCAAGAAGGGCGGCCACAAUUACUGGCAGUGGCAAGAGCACAAGAUUCACUACGUUCGUCAGGGCCAUAAAGGAGUGCCAAUUCUACUCGUCCAUGGCUUUGGAGCAUCUGUUUAUCACUGGAGAUACAACAUCCCCGAGCUUGCCAAAACUCACGAAGUUUUUGCGUUGGACCUCCUGGGAUUUGGGUGGAGUGACAAGGCCUUGAUCGAGUAUGAUCCACAGCUAUGGAGCCGCCAGAUCGCGGACUUCGUCAAGCAAGUUGUCAAGAGACCCGCUGUGAUUGUUGGAAACAGCAUUGGUGGGCUUACUUCUCUCCAGACCGCAGUGCUCUAUCCCGACCUCGUCGCAGCACUGGCUUUGGUAAACCCGGCUGGUCGUUUCCAGAGUAGAAAAGCUCAGGUGAUCGUCGAGAAACCAACGAAGAACACGGCUGGAUGGCCGGCGUUUUUUAAAGCUAGAGACUGGGCAAGGCGUGAAGCGCUACUGUUUGUUUUCAAGCAGCUGAAUCAACGCUCGCGAAUCCAGGCAGCACUAAACAACGUGUAUAGAGACAAGAGCCAUGUGGACGAGUUUCUUAUCGAUUCUAUACUCGAGCCUGCCGCGGAUCCAAACGCAGCAGAGGUGUUUUACAGGAUGAUCUCUCGCUUCUUGUUCCAGCCAUCUGAUUUAUCCCUGGAGAAACUUCUGCGAGAUUUGGAUUGUCCGCUGCUAGUGCUGUGGGGAGAGUCGGAUCCACUGGCCCCGUCUUCGAAAGCUGACAAGAUCCAAGCUCUUUACAACGACGCAACGCUCGUGAAGCUCCAAGCCGGACACUGUCCUCACGACGAGAUACCAGCGCAAGUAAACGCGAGACUCACUUCGUGGAUUGCCUCGCUUGAGAAUCUGUUGUAGCAAAGCUCUCUCUCGGGAUGUGGUGACGAAGAGCCUGUGGUUUUCAAAGCGAGAGCUCCCAUAAAGCUUUGGCUGUGCUCGCAGCUCUUCUUGA